GUAUAAUUUUCGGUUUUGGUUGGUUUCUGAUUUGUGAUGGAGAUCAUCUCUGAAUUAUGAUUUUUCUGAAACAGAUAAAUUCUUCUUCCUCCAUGCUUUCUUUCAAAGGGAGUCCAUACUGGAUGGCACCCGAGGUUGUAAUGAAUACAAAUGGCAAUAGUCUUCCUGUUGAUAUAUGGAGUUUGGGAUGCACAAUUCUUGAAAUGGAAACAUCAAAGCCUCCUUGGAAUCAGUAUGAAGGGGUAGCUGCAAUAUUUAAAAUUGGUAACAGCAGAGAUAUGCCUGAAAUUCCUGAGAUAUGCCUUGGAUCUUGGGUUCUUGAGCUCUCGUCUGAACGGCCUCAGAAUCUGCUUCCCCAAAUUGCCACCCACACCCCUCACUGCUUCUCCCUUCCCCACACCCCUCCCUAUCGUUGCCAAUAA